AUGCUCGGCCUCCCUCUCCUCGCCUUCGCGGCCCUCGCUUUCUCCACCGCCUCCGCCGACAACCCACCCGAACCAAAGAACUCAAAGCGCGGCCACAAGUCCAUCCCCAUUUUCAAGGACAUGACCAAGGACUGCACGCAACUUACCUACAUUAAGCCCGACGAAGACUGCGGAAACAUCCUAACCGCAACCGGCGUCCUUCUAGGGGACUUGUACAAGAUGAACCCGAGCAUAGGCGAUAAUUGCCAGACCAUGAAGGGCGGUGCCUGGCUCUGCGUCUCCACAGAGACUAUUGCUGAGGUCGCGGCCAAGAAGGAACAGAUACCUGCGCCCUGGAUGUGUGCUGAUAAAACGGUUUGCCGAUGCCCGGGUGACGGACAGAGUUAG